CAGUAUUACUCCGACCGUCGCGACGGUCACAACUCUUCUCGAAAGCUUAGUAAAAGCUCCGACAAAAAAACCUCUAACGUUUCUCCCUAUAUAUAUAUAUAUAUUUAUUCUACGAUUUUAAUUACAUUAUAAAUUGUUAUAUUUUUCAUUUUUCGUAUAUCAUUUAAAAGUUUUGUCUUUCGCGAAAUGCUCGAACCGUUUGUGAUCGAAUUCACGAAAAACGAGAAUACUUUUCUACGUGAUAUUAUAUUUAUAUUUUAAUUUGUUUUUGUUAUUGUUGUUGUUUUUUCUUCUUCUUCUUCUUCUUCUUCUUCUUAUUUCUUUUUACUUUUUUUUUGUUAUCCUAGUACAUACAUACAUAUAUAUGUAUAUUUUCGUUUAACGAAAUAGUUAUUGCGAGAUAGUGAAGAAAUUUCGUUGAAAAGUUCUUAGAUUUUAAAGAGAAACGGGAACGCGAGGAAAUUCAUUUCGCGGCUAAUAAGAAAGUUUCCGUGAUACUCGAUUAAAUCGUUUUAACCGAUCUAGAUAGAUCUCGAUAAAGUUUCAGAGAACGGAAAGAAAAGUGAAAGGACAACUACUCUACGUCACUGUUGAUUCAAGAUCGAUAAAAAAGAUAAAGGAAGAGAAAGAAAAAGAAAGAGAGAGAGAGAGAGAGAGAGAGAGAGAGAAAGAGAAAGAGAAAGACAUGAGAAGACAGUCAUUUGCUUCGAAUUUGAGUAGCGGAAGUACAGGAGAACCGCUUAUCGUCGUUGAGGAAAGUACAAUCGGUGAAGAGGAUGCAGAAUGUCGGAGAAACGAAUCCCCGCCACGUUGUCUGGAUCCUGAUUCCCCAUCCUUGAAUCCCUAUCUCCUAUCACCAUGGAGGGAAACAAGGAAACAUUCUUUACCGACACCACAAUGUACAUCCGGGAUAACCGCAUCCCAGGUACGACGUUUGAGCGAAAGAGGAGGUGAAGGUUCGGGUCCAUCGCCAAGGGAAGCAGCUUUUCUUGCGACUUUAUCGCAAGCACCACAACAACAAACGGGAAGAAGACAUUCCGUAGUAACGAUCUCCAGGGUACCACCAACCGUAUUUGGUCGGAAUCGUCGAGAAUCUAUAGCAGCAUUUCCUCUACCAGGAGUUUCAAGGAUAUUACCAGGUCGACGAGAUUCAACCGGUCCACCGAGCAACAGUGGUAGUACUCAUAAUCUUCAAUUGGAUAUAAUGGACGAUAUAGCAAAGAUCAAAGCAAGAAAGGUACGUUUGAAAAUGUUCAAAACACCGUCACGAGAAUGCGUUUACGAGAUUCAGCCUAUGGAAGGUGACAGUUCGAGCCAGAAUUAUACUCAAUAUCAAAAACGACGAUUUUCCGAAUUUCAAAUGCCCACGGUAUCGCCUAGCACAAAUUCAUCGAUAAAAAGACGAGUUUCCGAAGUAACAAGGUUACCCGCUGAAAUGAUAUCCAACACGUCUGCCGCUGGUAUAGUUUGUUCUAAUACCGAUUUGAUAUCGAUCUUAAGUUCAUUGACAUCAUCGGCAACGGAAAUAAACAGAUGCGGGGAGGAAAGUUCGUCCGUGUCAUUUCGAGAAGAGGGCAGCAAGUCCAGUUGGUCGAGCAAAACUACCGAACAGAAACGUAACAAAUUGAAAAGUUCGCGUUCGAAUAGUUUCGACGUUUCGAUUUUGCACGGUACGAACGGCAAACAAACGAGUCCUGGUACAAAAUUAACAGCUUCCUCAAUCAUGGCACCCUCAAAUUGGUUUACCAAACGACAUCAACCCAUGUGGAAGAAACAAAAGAGCGCGGAAUCGGCCAUUCCAAGUUUACCUUUUAAAUUUGAUAAAUCUAAAGUAGUUCGCACGGUAAAGGAUACUUUAAACAAAUCACCACCAUCUAAGGAUAACGAAACGAGACACAAAGUCGUUUGGGAUGAUACCAGUGGUACCAAAGUCGACGCACAAGUCCUUGGCAGCGCAAUAGAAAAAAUUUUAACUGCUCAAAGAGGAAACGACACGGAAUCAGGUGGCUCGUCGUCAAGUGUAAAACCUUCGGUUUCACCUAACAAAUUGAAACCUGGAAAAAUGACAACUUGGUUUUCAUCAGGUGGUAAUAAGGAACAACAAGAACAGACUGAAUCCUGCGAGGCCUCGAUUUGUUCCUCUCUUAAGGAUCUAUUCGUAAAGUAGUUUAUACGUAACGGUCUACUCGUUCCUUGUAUCUCGUCAUUCGAGUUAAUCAAUCCUCCUCUUCCUUCUCCUCCUCCUCCUCCUCCUCCUCCUAUAUUUGAUCUCUCGUUGUAUGUAUUAUAUUUAUGUAGAUUUAAUCGGACGAUAGAAUUUGAUGAUAGAAAAUGUGUUGUUUAAAUUGUGAUCGAUCAUUUUUUAAAAAGGCAGAGGACUAUUAUUGCGUUUUUUAAUCCAUUUUAUAUAUACAUAUACAUAUCUACACUCUUGUUAGAAUGAAAUUUUAAUCUAGGACAAAGAGGCUUAUGUUUUUAAAUGUAGAAAAGUGUAUGUGUCUAGUCAGGGAUAACUCAACCUUUUUCCUACGCGAUCGCAAAUAGGCACCGGUUGAAAAUCGAUAAUUACAACAACAAAAUAAUUAUAGGAUUGAAAAACGAUAGAGUGUAUUUCAAAAUUAAUGCGAUAUUUAGUAUUGUGUUUCUAAAAGCGAUCGGUUCCGAAAGCGAUUUUGAUUAUUAAAAAAAAAACAAAAAAAAAUAAGGUAAAUUCAUGAACAAACGUUUCUGGCCGCAGAUAAGUUGAGUGUGACUGAUCUUAAUCGAUCGGAUAUGAUAAUAUUUGACAAUCUGUAGGAUCCUUAUCAAUUGUUCUCUUUAGUCUCAAUUUGAGUCUUUACAAAAUCUUACUAUAUCAAAGUAUACAAAAAUAUUAUUUCAUCGAUCCUGUUACGAUCGCGUUACCGUAUCAUGUAUCAAUGAGAAAUUACAUAUUAUUGUCCUAAGAAGACAACAAAUGAACAACUAAAAAGUGCAUGUGAUCGUAUUCCACUUACCAAUGUUUUACGUAUAAGAUUUUAAUGUGCAAAAAUCGCAUAUGCAUUAGGCGGCUUAUUCUGCGAACCGUUAGAAGAAAAAAAAAGACUAGAAAAUUGCAUCCCUUGUGUAUCGACGAACUUCUGCCGAUGUUUUUUUUUUUUUAUUCGUAUUAAUUUAAAAUAAAAAUAAAUAUAUGUAAAUAAAAAGAAAGGUAUUAUUAUAUAUCGUCUUAUCGAUAAAAUGUCGAUAAAACAAGGAAAAGAUAAAGAACAAAAGACUUGCAAUCAUACAACUUCGUGUUAAAUCUAAAAACUUCUGUUAAUAAAUAAUAUUUGUGGAAAGAGUCGAUAUUUUGAAAUGUAUUAAAUGAAAAUGAAUGUUGAGAGAAAGAAAGAAAUACAUAUAAGCCGAUAUAUGCAGAUUGCUGUAAAUUAGAUGAAUCAUUUAUGUCGUUAAAAUGAAUUAUAAUGGAGGUAGUAUUCGGUAUUAUUCAAGGUGCUAUUCUGCGUUGAACGAGAACAAAUGGCACAUUAAUAAUCAUACUAUUCUAAGCUAAGUCACCUAACAUGUCUCGCGCAUAGCAAUGACUAUUGCACUGAAUAAUACCUAUAUAUUAUGUGCAUACAUAAUAAUAUGCGUUCACCUUUACGGGCCGAAGGUUUAUUAAA